AUGAGCACGGUGGCCGUUGCUGCUCAGCAGCAGCAAACCACUGACAACCGUACGCACAGCUUAACUCUCACCGAGCUGCAGCAUUCGGCUGGUGCAAUUCCGAACGUGGAAAACGGACAAUCCUCCGACAUGCCAUGUGCGCCCUGUCCGGGCUCCAUUGGCAGUUCGUCCUUGUCGGCUGUUUCGCCAGAGUCAACGGCUACAGUUCCUGGCUGCGGUGGGGGAAGCGUGUGCGUUGUUAGCAACAGUAGUAGUGGUGGACACACCAUGGCAGACGGCCAAACAGACACAAGUGCUCCAUCGGGGGGAGGUGAUGGACAGCAACAACAGUCGCAGCAGCAACAGCAAGAUCAACCACCCACCCCAGGCAGCCGUCCGACAUCCGGUGGACGACAGCAAAGGAUUGCUGGUGGCAAAGGCAAGCAUUUAACCCGCAGUCACGCCAUGCGUGAGUCAACUUCCCCGCCCCGAACACCUACGCCACGCUCUCCAUCUGAUACGCACAACAGCAAUCCAAUCAGCAGCGCCGGCAACAGUGGCAGUACGGGUGGCACAAUCAACGCGACCACAGUCACCACUACUACGGUUACCAGCAUCAGCAGCAGUAGCAACAACGCUCUCAGCAAUGGUUCCCAAAGCCAGCCCGAACGAUCGACAGCAGCAUCAUCCACCAUGAGUGACGCUGAAUCGCUGGCCAAACAUAAUAACAGCUCAGGCCCGGGCGGUGGAAGUGGGGCGACUGGUGGUGGAGGAAGCAGUGGCAACAGCUCACCAAACAUUGUCCACUUUUCCGGUGGUGACGAUCAGCAGCGUAACGGUAAAUCUCAGUUAGAUUUAGACUUCCCGAAGCUGACACCUCCGAAAACGUCCUUCAAUCCGAACGCCGGAAGCAACGGCAACCAUCACACCCAUUCACAGAAGAGCGGAACGCAAAAGAGCAAUGGUACGGCGACACAUCACAGCAAAGCGAAUGGUACCAUUUGCGAGACGGACAAAGCGACACCGUCGAUACCGACCGGAGGCAAUAGUAAUAGCGCGAAGCAGACAGCAACACCGCCGCUGAACGUGACGGGCACGGUUGCACCGAAUGCAACAACCACCGGUACCGAUACACCGGACGGUGGUGGAACGACUCGUCCUGGUCCGUCCAAUCAUAGUCUGGUGCCGGUGUCCACGUCUGCCAAUGUAGUAUCCUCUCCGAUGGUUGGUGGUGAGGUGAACACGCUCGGAAGUGAUUCGAAUACGUCGGGCGGAGUAGGCAACACAGUGUCUACGUAUGCCUCCCCGGUAGUACAGUCAGCUGCGAACAGCAACUAUUGUGAUAGUGAAGGUCGUCAUGGUGCGUACCAGCAUCAGCAGCAUCACCAUCAGCAGCAUCAGUGCGAUGGGGCCGGUGGAGUAGGUGUCACCGAUGGCCAGAUCAAUAUACAGUUUUCGCACGAAACGGAAACGCGUUACAUCCAGUGCGACAGUCCUACGGAUAGCCUUAUGAGAAGUGGUGGUGGUGGUGGUGGUGGUGGGGGUGCUGGUGUGGGUCCUACCACGACGCCGCCUAGCGGUGGUGGUAAGAAACGAAGCGGUGCUUCCGGAAAGGGUGGCAACAAGGCGGCCCGGCUGAAAAACCUUAGCGGGGGAUCAUCCUCGAGUGUGGAUGGUGGUGGAGGUGUUGGAGGGGGAGGUGGAGGAGGAGGCAUGGCUUCUUUCAUGUCGCGGGACAGCCUGUGCGAUCCGUUCACCGACCAGAGCGGCAUUAAUCUGAUACAGUUCUUCAAGGAGACGCUCAACAAGAACUUUAAGGAUCGCAACAUGCUGAUGAAGAUCGAGAAGGAGCUACUGUCGCUGGCGAUGGACCGGAGCCGCAGUCAGAUGAAGUUUCCGCCCAUGUCUUCCUACAACCGGAUGUUGAUACACCGGGUGGCGGCAUACUUCGGCAUGGAGCACAACGUGGACUCAACGCAGCAGAGCGUGAUUGCGGAGGUUACACCGGCCACCCGCAUUCCGGACAUACGGUUCAAGAAUCUCAUCUCGGACAGCUUCUCGGAAGAACCGCGCAAAUCCAUCCUGAAGCGGGACACGCAUAGCUUCGACGAGUACCAUCGGUUUGGAGGUGGUGGUGGUGGAGGAGGAGGUGGAGGGGAAGGUGGAUCCAGUUUGCUGCACUGUCCCGACCGGGGUAUGCUGGAUCGGAAGGCGAAAAGUUUCGAGGAGCGUGAGGAAGAGUAUGAGAAAUCGAAACGGAGACUGUUCAAAAAUCGUGAGCAUGAUUCCGAGUCCGAUCAGUGGCAGUGGAUAUCAACCGAUGGUGGUGGUGGUGUUGGUGGUGGCGUCGGUGUUGGUACGACGCUGGCUGACCUCCAUGCUGCCCGGCACCAGCAGAAACUGCAGAACAAUCGUUUGCUGAAAGUACAAUCAGUGUCAAUUGAGGGACGAUCGGACGAACGGCCUUGCGUUUCCAAGUCGCACAGCUUCGGAGGUUAUGGCGGAUCGUCUCAGAACGCGUCGCUGUUGCGGGGCGAUUCGAUAACGUCUACCAAAAGUGCCGGUGCGCGGCUGUUCACGAAGCAGGACUCGAACGCCAGCACCAACACGCCCUGGAGGCUGUCCCCGUCGAGCAGUGGGUCGUACCUUACUUCCAGUUACAAAACACAAUCGAUCCGCUCGGAUUCGGUAACACCGUCCCCGACUGGUUACGGUAGCGGCGAUCACACACCGGAACCUUGUGUCCCAUCGCCUUCGGCCACGUGCGGCGUGAUGUGGGCCGUAACGGAUAUGGCCAGCGUACCGAAGGGCAGCGUGCUGAUUGAUCCACAGACGUUCCAGCCGAUUGUGAACCAGGACGGCUCACUGUAUCACUUUGAUCCCUCUAAUUUGCCACCAUCGGCUGGCGGUCCCUGGUCUGGAAGCGGCAAAAUGUCGAAACGAAAGUUUGAGAAGCAGAAAUCAUUCAACAGUAAGAACAAUCUCAACAGUAGCAGUUCGCUCGAAAGUUCCGUUGAUGGACCGUCGUUAGGAAAGACGAUUGACUGCGGACAGCAAACUACGAUUCCUACGGUUGGAGAUGGUUCCGGUGCCAUCACUACCAUCAUGACGGUGGUAUCGACUGCAGCGACGACACCCACCACCAUUGCGGAGGAAGUGGUCAACGAGCUCGGAUGUUACGAUGCGGGUGUCAACACUGGCGGCCUAAAAUUGCUGAGCGUCAAAGAUAAUCCAGACAUGGAUGAAAACUUAAGCCUCUGCGAAGAAAUCACACAAACGACAAACGAGCUUGGCGGAUUGAAGUUACAAAAGCAUCAAGCCACCAGUCCUAUGCUGCAGGCCAGCGAAUUGCAGCCAAUCGAUAUGAAUGAGAUACAGUACGGUACGAAUCAGAAUGAAAGUGGAAGUCUCGUGCAUGCAGCCAACUCUGUUGCCCUGCUAGAUAACGAUCGAUCCUUGAUCGAUGAGUCGGUGGAAAGGGCGGACGAAGAGCAGGACGAACUCGGCGAUUCGUUGGAUGCAAUGGACAAAGCUGACCACAACAAUCCGGCUCUGGGUGCUGCUGUACAAUUGUUGCACGUACACGAUCCUGUCAGUAGUAGCAGCACGCUCGAUGCCGCCGAUGAUGACGAGGAUCGUAGCGAAACUCCGACCGAUGGUGGCCAGGAGGAGGUGGACAAAAAGAAUGACAUGGUGAAGGUAGCGAACGUGGUACAAACGGUGGUGCCGUUGACGAGUUACACGAGUGCCACAACUACCCCGAAUGGUGGUAGUGGUGUUGGUGGUGGCGGAGUUAGUGCAUACACCGUCACGUACGAUGGUGGAGGCAGUGGACAUCCGGGUGCCACCGUAUACGCAACUGGUACACCUGGCCUGUCAACGACGACAUAUCAGACCGCGCCGGAUGGUGCUAUUUACGCUGUCCCAUCCUCGCUGGUCUACACAUAUCCCACAACGAUGGAUCCGACCGAAAUGUCCGGCGGUUACUUUGUGCCAGUGUACGAUCCACAGCAACAGCGGGAAGCGAGCCUAUGUUCGACACCGGGCGCUUCCAUUUAUUCUACUCCGGCCGGUCCCACUUCAACCGUACUACACCCGAUUGCGUACACACAGAGUGCGGCUGCCGCAGCGGCUGCAGCUGCAGCUGCUUACACCGGGGCACCGCUGUAUCAAAAUCCGGUUAUGUAUUCGUCCGACCAAUUCCCAGCCGCACAGGCAGCCGCCGCCGCCGCAGCUGCUGGUCAGCUUUCACAGUACCCGAUUAGCUAUCCGAUCGGUAUAGGAUACCCGUUCAAUGGCGCCGCGUACCAAAACUACUGGAAUCAACCAAUCACUUACUACGUUCCUCAAACGCCCGUCCCAUCGACGGUGGGCGGUGCAUCCAUCCUAAUGCAGCCUCCAAUAGCGCAAACGCCAACCAACGGUGGAAUAAUCACAACCACGGCCGCAACUACACCGGGCACUGGCAAUAGCUCAUCCGGUGCACCACUUUCGGGCAAACGCAACACGACUCCCCCAAAUAGUGGGCACGGCCAAUCGCAGAGUGGCGCAACGCACAGUGCCUCGGUAACGCCCGUACCGAUAUCACCGUUCACCGCCAACCUACCCGUACCACUGCCCGAUGCGUCGUCGGCAGCUGCCCCGAUGUACGCCGCCUUUCCGCAACCCCUCUACCCGAAUAUGCUUCCAUUCGCUAGUCCGAUGGCGACCCAUCCACAUCCGGUGGCGGCCACUGCUGGCACACUGGUACCCACUGCCGCAUCAUUCCAUCCGCAUCCACCGUCCGGUGGAUCCCAGCACCACCAUGCCAGCAGUCACCAUCACCAUCAUCCCGCCGGUUCUGCUGGCGAAUCGACGACGCUCCCAGGUGGAAAUGGACAUCAUCAGCAGCAUUCGCAGUACCAUCAUUCGCAGCAACAUCACCAGCAGCAUACAGGACACUAUUCCAGCACGAAUGGACCAUCGAACGGUGGUGGUGGAAAUAGUAGCAGUAGCAGUAGCAGCAGCAACAGCAGUCACAGUGGAGGCAAUCAUAGUAAUAACUGUGCCACAAACGCACCGACACCACAGUCAACGCCCAGUACGCCGCUUUCGCUGCCAAUGUCGAUGCCGGCGCAUCAUGGCGGUGUUCCCGGUGCAACACACAAAGGCAUGCCACUCUUUCCCACACCUCCGAUAAUGCCGAAUGUGACGGGAGGUGGCGGAGGAGGAGGAGGAGGCGGGGGAUACGGCGGUCAUCAUCACUACACAUCGUCGGAAGAGCGUAAAACGGGCAAUGGAGGCUACCAGGGCAGCAAACCGCGACAACCGAAUGCGAACUCUGGCUCGACGACCGGUGGCAGUUACUUUAACUACAAUUCAUCGGCGAAUACUGGAGGCAGGCAGAUGACGCCGAAUAGUAGCGCCGGAUCUGGCAGCUAUCAACCAGCGGGAGGGGGAGCUGGUGGUAUGAAGGGUGGUGGUUACGCACACAGCAACAAUACAGGGAACAAUAACCAGAACGGUCCACUAAUCUUGGGUCCACCACCACCGGGCAAAGGUAACCGGCACGAGGGCCCCGCAUCACAGAGUGUGUCCAACGCGAACAGCAAUUCCUCCUCCAACAGCAAACCACCGCUGAUACCGACGCUACCUAGCAUGGUCGUACCGGGUGCAACAGCACCAAACACAGGAAUGGCCGGUGAUAAAUCGCGCCUCAAUCGCUCCUCGAAACCGCCCAAUUUGGACCUGAAGCGCAGCUACAGCACCAACAACAGUUACAGUGGGGUAAACAAUCGAAAUACGCCCAGCACAAACUCGAACGAAAGCAAUGGGUCACCGAACAGUAUUACGUCGUCGUCGGUACACGAGCAGCACGGUGUUGGCUCGCAGUCGCAUCACCCGAUGUCGCACGGCCAUGGUGCAACGUCACAUCAUCACGGUGGUCACGGUGGUAGCAAUCAUCCAUCGACACCGACGGCACAUCAUCACGGUGGCAGCGGUCAUCCGGUGGUAUCGACUGGUGGGCAACCUUCCCAGCAUGGUGGUAACCUACACCAUCACCAUCCGGGUACACAUCCACAGCAUGCGCAACAUCAUCCACAUCAUGGCGGUGGUAGUCAACCGAUGCCGCCCGGCGUUCAGCAACAGCAGACACACGGUGGUCCUGGGGGAGGUGGUGGUGGCGGUGGAACGACCCAUUAUUACCAUCCAGGUGGAGGACAAUCGAUGACUGGAGGACAGUCGCAUUCCGGACAGUCGUCGUAUUAUGCGGGCGGUACAGGUAAUGGUCCGUCGCAGCGUGGCGGUAGCGUAGGAAGCAAUAGUGGUGGUAGUGGGUCCGGUUCUGGCGGAGGAAAUGGCGGAGCACAUCCACACGCAAUGCCUGCCGCUGUAAUGCACAAUUCGGCCGUUGCUGCAGCGGCUGCAGCGGCCGCAGUUGAGCCGUACCAUCAGCAGUUGAUUCCGAUCAAUGCCGCUACCGGGAUGUCUUACGUUAAAAUUGGACAGGCGUACUAUCCUUCGUUAACAUUGCCGCAAAGCCGCCGAUCGCCUCCGAACGAAAUUCGUCCAAUUGCGGGUGUCUAUCCGACGAUGAACAUGGUGAUGCCGGCAUCUCGACAAUUCACACCCCGGCCACAGCACAGCAGCGGGUACAGUAACACGAAGGCGACGAAAUCGCUACGAUAAAGAAGCAUGCAGAUA